AUGUCCAACUACAAUGCCACACCACCACAGCCGAGGCCGGCAAGGUCGCGACCACCAAUUGGUUCUCCGGCCCCAGUAGCGCCACUCAAUCGCGCAACCACUUCAGGAGCACGUUCGUUUCACGACCCUAUAGUCUCCGAGCUCUGCUCACUCGAGACGUUUCAGAACAACUUCAACACAAAUGACUUCAUCGCUCAGCUCACGUCAAAGCUCGUCCAGCGGUCAAAAGCGGACCCAGGCCCCUUUAACCCGAAGCCUUUCAUUCGUACCUUCGAGGCUGCGCUAGACCAACUGGUGCAAACCAGAUCACAAGUUAAUGCACAGUGCCAGCAGCUUUCAUCCUCAGUGCAUGUUGCAGAGUCAGCAUACACCAAAAAGCUAGAUGAGCUCGGAAAGAACUUCGCCGCUGUCGGCAACUCGUUCACCAGCCUUGAAGACCGUAUUUCGGAAGUCGGCAGGACCGCUAUCCGUAUCGGCGAGCAGCUCGAGACCAUCGACAAGCAACGCAAUCGUGCGAGCGAGGCGCACGAUCUCAUCGAGUUCUACUACAUGUUUGCCCGUGGAGACACUUCGAAACUCGAGCGGCUACGGAAGGAAGGCGGUCGCGAGGGUCGGAUGAAGACGGCUGUCAUUGCACGGAGACUUGCUGCCAUCAGCCGCGAGGUCGACGUCGCCGGCAGUGACCAGACGCGUGAUGCUAUUGAUCGCUACUGUGAGCGUUUCGAGCGCGAUAUGCUCAAGCUUUUCGACAAGUUCUAUCGACGUUCUGAUCCUAAGAUGAUGUCACACAUCGCAAAGGUAUUGCAAGGGUUUAAUGGUGGAGCCAGUUGUGUUCAGAUUUACGUCAAUCAGCACGACUUCUUCAUCUCGAAAGAUCGCGUUGGAGAAGCGAACGGGAUCGAACUCAGUCAGAUUUGGGAGCAUAUGGCGGACCCAGAUCGACCUCCACCACAAUCCGAGCCGUCGCUCACGGCACUCUUCAACGAGAUUCGUCAAACUGUCGAGAUCGAGGCCCAGAUCAUCUCAGCCGUCUUUCCAAAUCCCCUCGUGGUCAUGCAGACUUUCCUACAGCGUGUGUUCGCACAGUCAGUCCAAGCUUUCGUUGAAGUGAUCAUGGACAAGUCGAUGCAGAUUCACGCUCCGUCUUUCGUCGGAGCUGGUGGAUCAAUUGACCCCAAGACAUCUGGUCUCGAGCCAAAUCCUACCAUACAGGCCAACGCUUCGCAAUCAACGGCAUCCCAUCUCGCUUUCUUGAGGGCAUUACAUAUGGCUCGGUCGAGUGCUUUGAGCCUCGUCAAUGACCUCAAGAUGUACGACUACCGAGGCGCUGGCAUUAUUGCGCCUUCCAAUACAAUACACGGGGCCAACGGCAAUAACGGCAGCAAUGGCGACAGCGUACUCUCGGAUUCUCUCACUCUUCUAGGCAGUGAUGCAGUUGCUGCAGCAGGUCAACUUGCAGGGGCCGCUGCAAGCCCCCUGGCUGCAAUGCUAGACCAAUCGGUCGAGGAGCUCUUCGUGCCAUACAUGGAAGGCAUUCGCUACAUAGACAGGGAGUCGCGCAGCUUGGCGGAUAUGUAUGCGGGCUUAUUGUCAAAGUACAUCGCAUUCCAUCGGGCAGCUGCCAUAGCCAAAAAGGACAAAGGCACCGGCAAUACCAUCUUCAAUCGCAUGCGCAACCAGAUCUCGGCUCCGUCCGAUGCCUCUUCGUCUACAUCUAGCCUCGCAUCAGGCUCCACGGCCACCAAUGCAAGUACAUCCGCAAGCUCGUCCGCUACCAACCCAUCAAAAACGUCAUUCUUCAAGCUCUCCAAUCUGGCGGAUCGCGUUCGUGGUACACACAACGCAGCGCCUGGCAGCAACACCGCAGCACCUAUGUCAACAGAGCCCAGCUUGGACGGUAGCCAAGGCUCGGCCGGUGCACAAGGGCAUGAGGAGAUUGACGAUGAUGACGGUGAACUGUCGCUUGACGUUGCAGAGAAGAUGUUGCGCUGGCACGCCGAAUCUAUUGGGCGAUGUGUCGAUCUCAGCUCGGCCUCUGAGGUGCCGAAAGCCACCUUUGCGCUUCUGCGUGUCCUCACCUCUGCAUACAUCAAGACAUACGUUGAGACAACCCUUGACUCAGCCUUGGCUGCUGUCAGCGCACAAGACAUCCGCGGACAGACCAUGCCCGACCCAUCAGCCGCCAUGUCGCUUGUGCGCACUGUCGAGCUGAUCAUAUCGCUCUGGCAGCACUACGUCAACACAGCUUUGCUUCCUCUUGCCAGCACAAGCGUUACGUUACGCAGAGAAAUGAUGAUCUUCAACAAUCACAACUUGCUCCGCGUGGAGGGCAAGUGUGACGCACUGAUGCAGAAGAUUGCCGACAACGUAGUCGGGUUCUUGUCGAACCGCCUCGCGACGCAAAAGAAGAAUGACUUCACGCCUAAAAACGAUGAUCUCGCGUUUGCGCGCCAGAACACGGAACCGUGCGUGGCGUGCUCAGAGGCCCUGGAGAGGGUACAGCAGGCGGCGCGUGCGGACCUCAGCCUGUCAACAAGCAGGACGGUGACUUCGGCGAGCGGCAACGUCAACAUUCGUGGUUCGCCGGCUACCCGAGCAAUCCGAGGGACUGCAUCUGUGGAUGGCAGCGACGGGUCAGGUACACGUGUCAGCUGGGCUGAUGGCGAUGCUCUUGGUGAUGCAGGAGCUAAUGACGACGACGAUGAUGACGAACAACACCAACGAAACAACCUUUCACGCAAUGCCGAAGCGUUUCUUACCGAGAUCGGAGUCGCCUUUCACGGUCUUUUGCUCGAGCACCUGCGCAGGUACACAGUCAGUGCAGCAGGUGGGAUCAUGCUGACCAAGGAUCUCGCUAUGUACCAGGACGCCAUCGGCACUUUCGGCAUCCCAAUACUCUCGGAUCGAUUCGAAAUGCUGCGUCAACUGGGCAACCUUUUUAUUGUCCAAGCAUCCGUGCUCAAAUCUUAUAUGCGCGAAGGACAUCUGGCCAAGAUCGAAGAGCGUUUGCUCCGACCAUACUUGCUUCGAAGAGCAGACUACGCGAAAGAGGUGCGAGAUCUGGAUGAUGGGCCCGCGUCAACGACACCAACGAGCGUUACGGCGGCUAAUAAUUUAUUCGGUGCAGGAGGCGACAUGUUCGCGACAGCACCAGGUGGUGGAAAGGAUCUCUUUGGACACAUCCCAGGGCUCAUUAAUGGUGGUGGUGGUGGUGGUGGUGUACACGCUAGUUCCGGAGGAGGGACUGCGUUACGUUCGACAGGAGCAGGAGGGGCGGGAAAGACAACAGAAGAGUUGAGGCUGCAAAGGUUAGCUGAUGUGUUGGGGCAUUUGGAGAAAUUCAGCCUCGGUGCGACGACUGCUGGUGCCAAACAGGGCACAGGGAAGGCCUGA